AAAGGCGCCGGCCAGCACGCACGCACACUGUCAGCAGGUGGAGGAGACACACCAGGAGCAUUCCCGACUAACUCUCAGGAGCUCUACUUGUUGAUUCGCUUCCGGAGCGGUGCACAGGGCAGACUGGACGUGUUGAUUCCUGCAAAAAGCACUUAUAGUUUUCAACAUGUCGGUACGCGGCUCAUGAUGCCUCCAUCAGCUCCCAAAAGAGAGCCGAAGAGCCGGAGAGCAGUAACAAGUUUGAACGCGUUUAGUCUCGAAAUGUUGCUGAUGCCGCUCCUUGAGGUGAAUCGGGAUAUAAAGAAGACAGGCAAAAGAAACGAAAGGGGACCCUGAUGCGGUCAUCUCCAGGACCAUGUUCUUUUAAUCCACCAUCCUGCAUCUUCCAGUGUUUUCAAGUGACCCAGUGACUUGAGUGAAGAUGAUCAAAACAGGACCUCGGUUGGGCACCACGCUGCCGCCGGAUACAAUUGACAUCAUCCGCAGCAAGACCCACUCCCGCCGGGUGAGACUCAACGUUGGGGGUCUUCUCCACGAAGUUCUGUGGAGGACUCUGGAUAGGCUGCCCCGCACACGUCUGGGCAAACUACGAGACUGCAACACCCACGACUCUAUCUUGGAGAUAUGCGAUGAUUAUAGCCUGGAUACCAACGAGUACUUUUUCGACAGACACCCCGGCGCCUUCACCUCCAUCCUCAACUUCUAUCGCACUGGGAAGUUGCACAUGAUGGAGGAAAUGUGCGCGCUCUCAUUCAGCCAAGAGCUGGACUUCUGGGGCAUCGACGAGAUCUACCUUGAGUCCUGCUGCCAGGCCAGGUAUCACCAGAAAAAGGAGCAGAUGAACGAAGAGCUCAAAAGAGAGGCCGAGAACAUGAGGGAGAGGGAAGGAGAGGAGUUUACUACCACGUGUUGUUCCGAAAAGAGGAAGAAACUCUGGGACCUCUUGGAAAAGCCAAGCUCAUCAUUUGCUGCUAAGAUCCUGGCAAUCAUCUCCAUCCUCUUCAUUGUGUUGUCCACCAUUGCCUUGUCUCUGAACACACUUCCAGAGCUGCAGGACACAGAUGAGUUUGAUCAACCCACCGACAAUCCACAACUGGCCCAUGUGGAAGCCGUGUGUAUCGCGUGGUUUACUAUGGAGUACCUCCUUCGCUUUCUCUCUUCCCCCAGCAAAUGGAAGUUCUUUAAAGGUCCUUUGAAUAUUAUUGACCUGUUAGCCAUCUUGCCCUACUAUGUCACCAUCUUCCUGACAGAAUCCAACAAGAGCGUGCUGCAGUUUCAGAAUGUCCGCCGUGUGGUUCAGAUUUUUCGGAUCAUGAGGAUCUUGCGUAUUCUGAAGCUAGCCCGUCACUCCACAGGUCUUCAGUCCUUGGGCUUUACUCUCAGAAGGAGUUAUAAUGAGCUGGGUCUCCUUAUCCUCUUCUUGGCCAUGGGAAUUAUGAUAUUCUCCAGUCUGGUGUUCUUCGCUGAGAAAGAUGAAGAAGACACUAAGUUUAAGAGCAUCCCAGCUUCCUUCUGGUGGGCUACCAUUACUAUGACCACAGUGGGUUACGGAGAUAUUUACCCAAAAACUUUGCUGGGAAAGAUAGUCGGCGGGUUGUGCUGCAUUGCGGGGGUUCUGGUGAUCGCCCUGCCUAUCCCCAUCAUUGUAAAUAACUUCUCUGAAUUCUACAAAGAGCAAAAGAGGCAGGAGAAAGCCAUCAAAAGAAGGGAGGCUCUGGAGAGAGCUAGGAGAAAUGGUAGCAUUGUCUCUAUGAACAUUAAAGACGCAUUUGGCCACAGUGUGGAGCUCAUGGAUGUAAUGGUGGAGAAAUCUGAUGAAAUGAAGGAGAAACUCCAGGAUAACCAUGUGUCUCCUAAUAUCCACAAAGGGACUCCGAAAAACAAGUCAAAGACCAACCCAGGCAGCCCCACCAAGACCCUUGAAUCAAACUAUGUAGAGCAGGCCAAGCCUUCCAGCAGCCCCCAGCACCUCAGUGCACAGAAACUGGAGGAGCUGUACAACAAGAUGACCAAGGCCCAAACGCAACCCAGCCUCACCGGCAAGGAAAAGGGGCAGCCGUCCAAAUGUAGACAAAGAGCUCAGCUUGAGAUGGGAAGCAUCCCCAAUGAAGCUAUCCCAAGCACACUGGAGGUUGUGACAGACAUGAAGAGCACGUCCAGUAUCGACAGCUUUAUCAGCUGUGCCACUGACUUACCUGAGAGCUCUCGCUUUUCCCAAAGCCCCAUCAGCAACAUCCCGGGCAAGGUCAGUACAAACCCGAGCCUGGAGACCACCCUGGAAAAUGAGCAUGAAGGCGCCACAACACCCUUGACAGGCAAAGGUACAAACUCCAGAGGCACACACAUCAACAACCCACUCAAAAGUCGUUCUCAUAAAGUCAACUUCCGAGGCGGUGAGGAUUCGGGGACGGGAGUCCUGUCAGACAGCUCGUCCGUGCAUAGCCCCGAGGCAUCCAUCUACACGACCGCCAGCAGCAGAACACCCAGCAAGAGCCCAGAAAACUUACUGCCUAGCAUGUUCACGUUCCACGAUGCCUCCGUCAGUAAGUUCAUUGAUGCUGACACAGAUGAGGAGGAGCACCCGCAUGAUGGUUCAGUCGCCAGCCCAGCCCAAAGACUCCUGGAGAAAUCCAGCCCCAAGUUUGGCCAUCGCUCCACUUUCCAGCAGGCUCCCAACCACAUGGAGGGCCUCCAACGGAAGCUGGGAAACAGCACACUGCCGUUAGAGGGGCAGGAGAACCACGUGGCUCAGGAACUUCAGCCACUUCAGGGAGAGAAGAGUCACUCUAACUCUUAAAGAACCAAAAGAAAAGAGACAACAGACAGAACGUGAAUAGAAAGCAAAGGAGGUGACAAGCAAAUAAGAAGCGCUGGGAACCUCCCAGCGUUAUGAAAGGCACGGAAAACAUUUGCGGGAACAUUUAAAGACUUACAAAAAUACUUCUAUCCCGUGAAGAAACAGUAACUGUGCACACUGGGAAAGAAUUUUGUGUCCUCUUGAGCUUCUUUCUACUAAUAACUCGUAAAUAAAUCCUUUUAGCAGAGAACUCUUAAGAGAUUUUAAAAAAAGAAGCAAGGAAUACAUUCUGAAGAGUUUUACAAUUUAUACAUUUCUUUUAGCCUGUCCAGUUGACUACAGUUAAUCUUUUUCAUAAGGCAAAAACCUACUUUCCCGGCAUCCCUGGAUAGCACUUUGACGCCACAAUAGCAAAGGCUGUCAAAUCAGUAGCAAACCACAAAGGGCAUUGAAACCUGGCAUAUUGCGUUGUAAGGGGAAUACACAUUUUCUUUUACUUUCUACACAGUGUAUAACCUAUAUUCAGCGUAUACGAUGAAGUGGUGGGAAAAUGCGUAGUUUGUUUCCUUUAACUUCCUUCCUCGAAACUGGCCUUAGUACACGUCGUCUCCUGUGUUUUAUGUUUGUACGGCAGAGCGAAAGCCAGAAAUUAACAGGCAGUCAGGCAGCAUGCACGUGUGCUUAAUCAUUACCUUUCAUAUCUACUAUAUUUAUUCCUAUGUAACGUUUGUGGUCUCUUGUCUUGAGUGUGAUCUCGAGUAAGACUCAAGUGUUUCAGUCUGUUGUCGUCAAAAAGUUCAGUGUCCUACUCGUUGAUCUCUUUUCUUCUUUUCUUUUUUACUGCACAGGUCACAUUAAACGACACAGAGACACACUGUGAGGUUAUAUCCGUGAAUGUCCUUCCUGUUCUCGUUGUGCCAGGCUGCUGGCGAGAAAGAGAGAGAGAGAGCACUUUUUUAUUAUUAACACAGAAGAAAAAAGCGUUAUCUGUGCUUGUGUACCUAUUUUCUUUGUUUCUAAAUGUUUUUUGCAUGUCUCUUAGACUUCAUGUCCGAUGUGGAGGAAACUUAAACGGAAAAAAAACUGUCUGACACUGAUGAAAAGUUUCUUGAAGGAGCUGAGGGGGAGUCGCCAUUCCUGGUGUAGCUGAUAAACUUUGCAUUAAAUGACACUGCUUAUGAGCAUCAAAACAGCUGGAAAGACAGCAGUGAAAAUCCCAGAGAUUUGAGCUUCCGAGUGUGAAUAUUGUACAUUUCUAAUUACGCAAGUAGAAUCUGUUACAACGAUACACAUUUAUUGUACAAGGUAAAGAAUCAAAAUAAUUUAUAUUUUUAAGCUAUUUUCUAAAAGAAUGGAUUCUUAGAUAAAUAUAUUGUGCAUAAUCUCAUAGUUUUGCAUUUCAAGUACUGCAUUAUUUCAAUGGAGCUGCAUUUAUUAGACAAUAAUCUGCAGUGCAUACCUUUGUAUUGUUUGCUACUGUCUCCCAGUAAUUCUCUGUCCUUCUGUUCUUUGUGUGAUGUGAAGAACCAAAGAAUUGUUCUGUCUGAUAACUCAUGCUGAUGAUUUAUCUCAAAGAAUAUUAGAAAUUGAAGCAUUCCUUUUCUAAACAGCAGAACGUGACAUAUAUCAAGGGGGCAUACUCGCUCAUUGGGGACAAACAUGUGAGCCAGAGAGAGCGUGCUGGCCCCUGAAGAAGACGACUGCUGAUGGAGGAUGAAAUAGGAAAAUGAAAAAGGAAGGCAGGAACGAAGCACUUUAUUUCAGAUCCAUUUAGAAAGCUAAUUUGAGUAUUUACACUCUCUGGAUCCUGGCAAGUGGUUCGCUUCCAGAAAUCCAAAACAUUAUGCUCACUUGAGUCCACAUGACAUCUCUUAUAAACUUAAAGACACCUCACAGCUAUGUGCAGCUUGCCACUCUGAUACACAAACAGCAAGGAGGUACAUUAGGCCACUAUAGUUCAACCAAAGGGAUCCGUCAUCCCGCUUUUCUGAACACACAUGAUCACUGGACACAUGAGCGAUCCGGGCGUUGAUCAUCCGGUGCUCUCAUGCUCUUUCUUACAGAAACCAAGCAAGUAUCAUUUUUUUAUUAUUGCAACUUACAACAUAUCAUGCAAGCCAGCUACAAGCAGUCGUUUUCAGUAGUGGACCUUAAGCUUAAAAGAGAUAUUCACUGCUGUGCAAUGUCUGCAGUCAUUAGACGUAAUAUGAGUUAGAUAUUUUGGUGCCUUUGCUUUUAAGAACGCCUACUCUGCACGCUGAAUCUGUCACUGUGCCCUGUCUAAUGGAGCCUGAAUGACAAUAAAACAAACAGCGAAUAAA